AAGUUUACGCGGGGUACUAGAACGCAACAUUUCACGGCUAGAUAAUUUGCAUCCACGCGAUGAGAGAGAAAGACAUCCACAUCUCUAAAGCAAAGCACACCAAACACCCACUGGGAAAUCUUUCUCUCAUUUCACAUCAUGGAGCCGAAACAAGUCAUCAACUUUGGCGCCGGACCUGCAAAACUUCCGCAAUCCGUGCUGCUUCAAGCACAGAAGGAGUUCCUCAACUACGGUGGCAUCGGCGUUAGCGUUCUCGAGAUGAGUCACCGAUCAGCGGACUUCAACAAAAUCAUCAACAAAACGGAGAGUCUGAUGAGAGAGUUGCUGAACAUCCCCGACAACUACAAGGUGAUGUUCCUGCAGGGCGGUGGGUCGGGACAGUUCAGUGCUGUUCCCCUCAACCUCAUCGGCCUCAAAGAGGACAAAUGCGCCGAUUACCUGGUAACCGGCACGUGGUCCGAAAAGGCCGCUAAAGAGGCGGAGAAGUACGGCAAAGUCAACAUCGUCCACCCGAAGCUGGACCGUUACACGAUAAUCCCCGACCCCAGCAGCUGGACCCUGAACCCCUCGGCCUCCUACGUGUACUACUGCUGCAACGAGACGGUCCACGGCGUGGAGUACGACUUCACGCCAGAAACAAACGGGGUGGUCCUCGUCAGCGACAUGUCCUCCAACUUCCUGUCUCGACCCGUGGAUGUGUCAAAGUUCGGGCUGAUCUUUGCCGGAGCGCAGAAGAACGUGGGCUGUGCCGGGGUGACCGUGGUCAUCGUGCGAGAGGACUUGGUGGGACACGCCCUGAAAGAGUGUCCCAUCAUCCUGGACUACAAGGUGCAGACUGAAAUGAACUCCCUCUACAACACACCACCGUGUUUCAGCAUCUACAUCAUGGGUCUGGUCCUGGAGUGGAUUAAGAACAACGGCGGCAGCGCUGCCAUGGAGACGCUCAACAAGCAGAAGUCCUCCAUGAUUUAUGACAUCAUCAACACCUCCAAUGGUUUCUAUGAGUGUCCCGUGGACGUGACUUGUCGAAGCCGCAUGAACAUACCAUUUCGUGUGGGGAAGAAAGAGGGAGCCGAAACCUUGGAGAAGGAGUUUCUGGCCGGCGCGUCCAAACGUGGGAUGCUAUCGCUGAAAGGACACAGGUCAGUUGGAGGAAUUCGUGCAUCUCUGUACAACGCUGUGACGGUGGAGGACACUGAAGCCCUGGCCACCUUUAUGAAAGAAUUCCUGAAAGAGCACCAAUAAAACAGCCACACUAAAGAUCGGGUGAUAUCGCACAUCUGCAUCUCAUCACUCCAGUGAAAAACCAACGCUCUGGUUUACUAGAGAUCCAUGUUGGAUCUGAACACUGCACCUUUUAGAAGCAUGUUUGGUAAAACCCCUUCAUUGCCCAGAAUGAGCUUUAACCACUACUGUUGUCUUAAUUACAUCUGUGUUUCAUAGAACUACUAUUUUAAUGUUGACUAACAGUGCUUUAAUACAUUAUACUGUAGGUGAUGCUUGAUACAUUCCAGUAAAUCUAACUUGAUUAUA